AUGAGUAACGUCAGGAUAAAAAGAUAUUUGCCGCGCCCCAAUCGUAACAACAUUCCCUCAUUUCUCCAACGUCGUUUUCGUUCACAGGAUGGCUCCACCAAUCAGCUUUCAAGAAGCGGAUCGUCGUUCGCAAGUUCAGAGGGCUCCUCAACAAGCCAAACAUCACCGGAUCAUACCAUGAAUAGGAAAAAUGGAGGAGCAUCAGGAGGGAGCAACAGGGGCGAUACGGCAAAGAAAAAGCGCAGCCUGAGUUUGAAAGGUAUCCUGAAGGGUAUAGGAGAUCACUUCAGAGGACAGGGUGGCAGUGCCUCCAACUCACCACCUAAAGCAGAAGGGUCUGUUGAUCACUCUGAUGAAUGGCUGGCAGUGAAUUGCAAUCUUACGUGUGAGGAGUUGGCUAACAUCAUGACGGAGUUCAAGGGAGGUCAAAUAGGAGAAGACGAACUUUGGAAUAGGGUUUACGAGAAAGAGCGAGAGAAGAGGAGAGUACAAGGCACCAUGACGUUAGGGUCGUACAUACCCAAUGGUGGAGCUUCAAGAGAUCAGAGAUACACAGGUGAGCGGAAACGCAUAGACAAAGACAGACAUAAUAAAGGAAACUCAGUGCCUGCAUUCCCUUCUCAUGACUACGACACUCCCACCGAAGAAACCCCACCUCCGUACUACUCCGAUAAAAUCUAUAAGGACACCAAGCGAAGAAACGACGAGGACAGACUUCCACAGGGCCACGUUGUAGAGGCCGACAUCGAGGACGGCAGGUUGGUGAUAUCAUCAUCGUCGUCGUCAUCGCUGCUGAGAUCCCCUUCGCCGUCACCUUCCAGAAUCUCUCAGGGCCUGGAGAGUCCUCCAACGAGAGACGAAGACGGAGACGGGAGCAGCCAGCCCGAUCUGUCGUUACCCAUCGAGAAACUCAGCGAGCGGGAGAGGUUGAGGAUAACUCGGGAGAACAUGCUCGGCGACGGGGUGAUCGUCAAGAACUUAUCCGCCGAUGACGGCUGUAGGGUGAAGAGGUUGAGCUCGGACUCGCGAUUCGUCGAAGGCAAGCAGCUGAAUGAACCUAUCAUGGAGUUAACGGAAAGCACGGUGGUGCAGAACAUUGAUGCGCAUUCCAAUGACGAGACCAGCGACGAGGAGAACGGCGAUGGGGACUCGACGACGGAGGCGACCACCCCCUCGGGAUCGGUAUCGGUAAGUGGGGUGGGGCCAAUCGAUUUCUGGAACGCCCAUUCCUCCGAAGACCACCUCCCUCCUGCACAUGCACUUGCACAGACCCAAGCAACGUUAACAAGAGUACCAGAGGAAUCACAGAUGCCUCCUUAUCUUAAUCAGACCCCCAAGAAGUCCCUCAAGGUCAUGAUUAGCAGUCGCAGCCCCCGCCUCCUCCGCAAGUUCACCCGCUCCCCGGUGGUGGCCUACUCCUCCAGGGGGGCUAGUAGCCCCUGGUCCAACCUCUCCUCCCCUAUGACAUCUUCCGAUGGGUCCCUGUCUGGGUAUGAGAGAGGAAGUGAUAGUCCUAGCAGUAGUCUUGGUAGGAGCACGGUUAGUUCAACAACAAGUGACGAUUUCAGUAGUAGUGAUGGUCCAUCUACAAGAAGACAACAGUCGCACAGCCCCGACGUUCAACUCAAACCUACUCUAUUCUGUUCGGUAGCAAGGGCAAAGACAGACUACAUUCCCAGCCCAUACGACACAGGAGCACUGGCAUUCAAGAAAGGAGACUUGGUGUACAUCACCCGCAAGCCCUCAGGGGGUUACUGGGAAGGGGUGUGUCAGAACAAGAGUGGCAAGUUCAAGUUUACGUUCGUGGAAGAGCUGAGUAGAGAGGAGAUGCCCGGCCUGGAAGGGGGGCAUACUUUCCCCCUUGGUCCUAACCAAACCAAUGCUUCUUAUGUGUUGCAUCUGCAAAGUGUUGAAGAGCUACUCAGAAGGAUAGAGUGCGAUAAAUACUUGUCAGAUUUCAAGUCACGUGAUCUAGCGUCGUUGGAGAGGUUCAAGAACCUGACGGAAGAGGAUCUUGACAGUUUAGAGAUUACCAACCUGGAACACAGGGUCAAACUAUUGACUGUUGCCAAACUCUUAUUGGAACCAAUCAAAGGUGUUGAUGUAAGGACAUUAUCAAGUAGUGCAUUAGGAGAAGGCUCUAUACCUCCCCCGAUCCCAUCCCAAAGGAUAGAUGACACAGACCUGAGCACUAGUAUACAUAAACUAAGGAUAGCAGCUCGUGAUUCUGGAUUCUAUGCAAGUACAGAUGCAGGAUUGUGUGGGGACAACUCCCAGUCUCCAGCUCGCAAGCAUGGCAAGAACAGCAUGAGCAGUCUAGAAAUGCUUCGGGAAUCGGGGUUGGGGAGCCUGUGUGCGGAAGAGGACGAGGGGCCUUCGCCAGAGGUCAGUGGAGUCCUUGCGCCAGGGUCGAACUGUAAUAACUCCAAUAAUAUAUCAGGGAUUUUGAUCCCAGGAGUGGAUGGACACUAUUUGAGGAUGUGCGACCAGUAUUCUGGGCUUGACUCCUGGGGCUGGGGCGGUGAGGUCCCAAAGGACAAGCCCCUUAAACCGGUCAGGACAGACGUCAAGGCAGUGGACCUUCUCCAGAGGCAUAGUCAAUUCAACAACGGCGCUACUCCUGUCACUGUUGCAGCCAUCUCACAUACCACCCCUCCGCAGAUCCUAGAGAACUAUUACGAGUUUCCCUGGAUGGACGAUCGUAGCCUGCAAAUGACGCGGCAGCAACGCUGCUCACCAAAGCAUCAAGUGCAUUCAAAGCUCACUCAGAGAUCCAGUAGUCCCGUGCUUAUGAACUACCCUCCAAGAACAGAGCAGAAUCAACUCGUCAUAGGGGAUUCUGGAUCGAUCCAAUGGAAGCGAAGUGCCUCUGUAGAUGGCACCGUCACGUGUUCAAACGGGUGGUCUAGUACAGUCAAUGGGGUCAUGCCUUCCCCUCAGCUUCUCCGUGCCGUGGGGCAAACGGAUACCUGUCCUGCCCUACUACUUAACAGUCGGAGGCGCAAGUCACGGAGCGUCUCACCCCACAAGAGGCAGAACAAUAGAAAAGAUACUGUAUCACGGGACCCCAUGCAUGCCUCGCCGACGUUGCCUCUAAAGAAGAUGCAGACGGGACUCGGUAUGCACAGUCAGUCGUUGGAGAAACUGUUAGAUGCGAAGUUGAUGGCUGAUGGCAUUGACAUUAGACAAGAACCUUACUCAGACAAGAUGGGUUUUUGUGGCAUCCCAGCGGCUCUGAUCCAGCGCUAUGCUGAAGAGGUCCAGAUGAGAGUACCGGACGUUGCAGUCUGUCUGGAGGCACUUCGGGUCAAGUCUCUCAUCGCAGAAGGUCGAUGCUGGUUUCGUAGUGACACCCUGGCUCACCAGGCUCAGCAUGUGAUCUAUGCAGGACGUGGUUCAACGGUCUGUGAUUGGCUGACCUAUCUCGGUAUGCCCAUGUACGUGGACGCCUUCAUCGGCGGUGGCUGGGACGAACUGGACAUCCUGAUGGACAUGGAGGAGGAAGACCUGAGGCGGUGUGGAGUGACCGACCCCAAGCACACCAGGAGGCUGCGGACAGCCCUGGAGCACCUGAAGAUGACCGCCAAAGUAUGAUGGCACCUUUCUGGGGUGUAGAGUAGCCUGGUUAGUUUCUAUCGCUGCAGUGCCAUGGACUAUUGAGACGCAUAUGACGCUUUGCCGGUUGGUGGAUGACAAGUGGUGAAGAGAGUUGGGGAAGUGCUCUGUUGGUGUGGUAACCUAAAGGAAUGAUUGCUAUGGGUGACAUUGUCAUGGGAGCACAGAUAUACACAAGAAUGUAGGGCAUCAGGUGGCUACACAAAUCAUGUGACCUUGUCAUAUGCACUUGCUUCUUGCUGAGACUGUUCCAGAAGCAAGAGCUGUCAGAUAAACCGUAAGAAGUGCAUGUAGAGCUUCGGUUUGCACUGCACCAACCUCAGAAGCAGUCUGUUUUAGAUGACAUCAUCCCUGUAGCGAGUUUGGCUUUCUGGAGAACUAUGAUUUGAAUGCUUAAAAUCAAUCUAAUAUUGUUUUAAAUCACAGAUUGCAAGCCUCGCUUUGAUAGUUAUCUUCAAGAUGAAGUCAAUGCACUUCUGUAUAGUUAUUUGAAUCUUGCUUAUGUGUUAACUAAUGAAAUAAAUUCCAGAAUAAUAUAGAUAUUUUCAGAAUGUAUAUUGCAAAAUCAUUCUCGCCCAAUGAUGGAUAAUUAAAGCUCCUUUAUCCUAUCGGAUCAUGGGAUGUCCUGGAUAACAUAAGAAGAGGAACACUUUAAUGCAAAGAGUCGUCGUGUCAGGACUAGUUUGGAAUAUGUUGUAAUGACAGGAAAUUACAUGCUCUCAUUUGUUGAAGCCAAGUACUUAUACAAGCACAUGUAUUCAAUAUGUACGCACUUGAACCUGUUCAUGUUUCCUUUUAAUCAGAUUUUAAAAGUGAAACUUCAUGUUGUACAAAGUGGUCAAAGUCACUCCAGUUUUCAAUAUCACUCUCACAUCAAAUUUUAAUUCCAAAAUUUAAUGAUAAUUUCAAUGGAAUUUCCUUCUUGCAGUUGUGUCAUUAUAGGUAAAAGAAUGCAGUUAAAAAAAUGAAAUUAUCCAAGAUAAAUAUUGUCAAACAAAGAGUGAAUAAAUUCACUAUUUUUUGUCUGUAGACUUGAAAAUGACUUAAAAGUAUUAAUGAUAUUUAAAGAGAAAUCAGGAUUUGAUUUU